CCUUAUACUCCUCCGCUCGGCGCGAAGUAAAAUAACCGACUGCUGGUGUUUUACAUUGUUACGAUUAUUCUCUUGCUUUGCUUUCCAGCUCGUCUAGUUGGAUUUUUAUUCAUUUCGCCGAUCGGGAUUAAAAUUUUUUCGUUGUGUGAUGGAUUUUUUAGAGUUCUCUGAUGUUUCAGCUGAAAUUAAAGGCUCAAUGACUCCAGGCCGUCUAAAACUAACGGAUCAGAGUAUCGUGUUCAAGAAUUCCAAAACGGGUAAAGUUGAACAGAUUAGUUCUUCUGACAUUGAAUUGGUUAACUGGCAGCGACUAGCUGGUGCUUGGGGCCUACGUGUAUUUCUCAGAACUGGAGCACUUCAUCGCUAUGGUGGAUUUAAAGAUUCAGAUCAAGACAAGCUGGCAAAGUUUUUUACUCAAACCUACAAAAAAGACAUGCUGGAGAAAGAGCUGAGUGUCAAAGGAUGGAAUUGGGGCCGUGCUGAGUUCAGUGGUUCAACUAUGUCUUUUGAAGUUGGAAACCAUACUGCCUUUGAGAUUCCUCUAAGCAAUGUGUCCCAAUGCACAACAGGGAAAAAUGAAGUCACCUUAGAAUUCCAUCAGAAUGAUGAUGCAUCAGUCAGUCUCAUGGAGAUGCGUCUCUUCAUUCAGUCCAAUGAUCAAGGUGGAGAUGAUGCUGUUGAAGCAUUCCAGAAGCAGGUGAUGCCUAAAGCAAGUGUCAUCAGUGCUACUGGUGAUGCAAUUGCCAUCUUCAGAGAAGUUCAGUGCCUCACACCAAGAGGUCGCUAUGACAUCAAAGUUUUCCAAUCAUUCUUUCAACUUCAUGGUAAGACAUUUGACUACAAGAUUCCAGCCUCUACUGUACUUCGCCUGUUUUUACUUCCGCAUAAAGAUGGUCGGCAAAUUUUCUUUGUUGUAAGCCUUGAUCCACCUAUUAAGCAAGGUCAGACGCGUUACCACUUUUUGGUCCUUCUCUUUAACAAAGAUGAGGAGACAUCUUUUGAAAUACCGUUAUCAGAGGAGGAAUUGAAAGAAAAGUUUGAAGGCCGACUUUCUCGUGAUUGUAAUGGUCCAACUUAUGAAGUUAUGAGUACCGUCAUGAAGGCCAUGGUUAACCGAAAGGUUACUAUACCUGGAAAUUUUACUGGCCAUUCUGGAACCCCCGCUGUUGGAUGUUCCUACAAAGCAGCAGCCGGAUACUUGUAUCCGCUAGAACGUGGUUUUAUUUACGUUCAUAAACCUCCUAUUCACAUUCGAUUCGAAGAAAUUGCAAGUGUUAACUUUGCUCGUGGCGGAGGAAGUACCCGUUCUUUUGACUUCGAAGUUGAGACCAAAAAUGGGGUUGUUCACACCUUCAGUAGCAUUGAAAAGGAGGAAUAUAACCGCUUGUACGAUUUCGUAAACAACAAGAAGCUCCGCGUCAAAAAUACUGGCCGAUCCGACAAGUCAGCUCAUGGGGAUGAUUUUGGCAAUUCGGACGAAGAGGAAGCGCCCGACGCAUAUUUGGCUCGUGUCAAGGCUGAAGGCAAACAGCGUGACGCAAUUGUUGCAGGUGACGAUUCGGGUGGAGAUUCUGAUGAAAAUGACGAAGACUUCAAACCUGGUGAGGAAAGUGACGUAGCAGAAGAAUACGACUCCAAUGUGGCUACGACCGACUCGGAAGCAUCCGACGCAUCAGGUGGAGCCAAGGCUAGUAGUGCUGUCAAGACUAGUAGUGCUGUCAAGGCUAGUAGUGCUGCCAAGGCUGGCAGUGGUUCUGGCAGUGAUUCCGAUUCCUCGUCUAAAAAGAAGAAAAAGAAGGACAAAAAAGAGGAGAAGGAAAAAAAGGAAAAGGAACCCAAGAAAUCCAGUAGCUCGAAAUCGGCGGCACCUAAAACUCCCAGAUCGCACAAAUCCAAGAAAGAUAAGGAUGCAAACAGGCCCAAACGACCACAGUCGUCGUACAUGCUGUGGUUGAACGACUCACGGGAACAGAUUAAAAAAGAUAACCCCGGCAUCAGUGUCACAGAUCUGAUGAAAAAAGGUGGCGAAAUGUGGCAGAAGGUUGAAGAUCGAUCUAUAUGGGAAGCUAAAGCUAAAGUUGCUAAAGAGGCCUAUGAUAAGGCUAUGAAAGAAUAUACUGCGUCUGGAGGAGGAUCGGCAGUUGCUAGCAGUUCUUCAAAAAGCAAGGACAAAGAGGAGAAAGCCGCCAAGUCGUCCAAGUCCUCUAGCAAGUCGUCCACUAAAACGCCAACCAAAACGCCAACCAAAGCUGCUAAAACAACUCCAGUUAAAUCUCCUGGCGACUUCAAAAGUAAGGAAUACAUCAGCACCGACGAAGAAUCCUCCUCAGCGUCUGAAGGCGCCAAGAAGAAGUCCAAGGGCUCCAGCAAGAAGACUGACAAGAAAAAAGUUGAAAAAGAAGAAAGCGAGGACGAAGAAAUGGAAAGUGAACCAGAGUCCAGCGAUGUGGCUGACAGCGAUUGAAGUGGGUAUCACAUUAUACUGUCAUGAAAACGUUAUUAUAAAGGCGUCCGUUGUAGCUGCGUUCUCCGUUAUAAUACAAUGUAAUUUCGUUUCUUUA